AUGUCCAUGCACACCUCCCUCCGCCGCACCGCGGCCACAAUCACCAACUCAACAACCACCAUUCUCCCUACAAGACCCACGCAAUCAAGCGGCACAACCUUCGUCUGCUCGCAAUGCCGACACGCAACACUCCUCCGUCGCCCUAAGCGCCCUUACACCUUCACACAGCUCAUCACGCUCUCGGACGGCAGCACCUUCACCCACCGCACCACCUCGCCCGCCCCGAUCUACCGCUCCACGCGCGACACGCGCAACUCCCUCCUCUGGAACCCAUCCAGCAGCAAGCUGAUGAACGUCGAGGACGACGAGGCCGGUCGUCUGGCAGCUUUCCGUGCCCGAUUCGGUCGCGGCUUCGAUGCCAACACGCCCGUUGAUGCCGAUGCAGCCAAGGACCCUGUUGCUGCGAAGAAGGCUGAGGCGGAUGCUAAGGCACAGGCUGAGGCAGAGCAGGAGGAAGAGGAUAACCUGCUCGAUUUGAUUAGUGCUUUCGGUCAGAAUGAGGCGCCACCCCCGCCUGAGAAGAAGGUUCCCAAGUUCGCCGGCAAGAAAUAA